AGAAAAACGUGUGCAAGCGCCUGGAAACUUCUAGCAAGACGCCACUCAUUAAUAUCGAAUCGCUUUUUCUCUAGUGAACUAGAGAUUGCAAAUAGUUUUAACCUAAAGUGUCUCACAGGAUGUCAGUUAUUGAAGAGGAGCGCGUCCGCGGCAGCGUUUUUAAAGAUAUUAAUGCGGAAGAUGAAGAUCAGCAACCUACAGUCAUCGAGAGUUUGUGCAUGAACUGUUAUGAAAAUGGAAGCACGCGUCUUCUUCUUACUAAAAUCCCUUUCUUCAAAGAAAUCAUCAUCAGCUCCUUCGCAUGUCCACACUGUAACUGGUCCAACACAGAAAUCCAGUCAGCUGGUCGGAUACAAGAACAGGGUGUCCAGUACACCCUACAAGUAAAGACCAAACGGGACAUGAACCGAGAGGUUGUGAAGUCUGACAGUGCGUCCACCAGAAUCCCACAGCUUGAUUUUGAAAUUCCUGCUUUUACACAGAAGGGGUCUUUGUCAACAAUCGAGGGCCUUCUGGACAGAGCAGUGGCGGGUUUAGAACAGGACCAACCUAUAAGAAAGGCAACAGAUCCAACUGUAGCUGACAAAAUAGAGGAAUUCAUCCAGAGAUUGAAGAAACUUAAGGAAGUAGAGGAUGAAUUCACAUUAAUUAUUGAUGAUCCAUCAGGGAACAGUUUUAUCGAGAACCCAUUUGCGCCUCAGAAAGACGCUGCUCUGUCUGUGACGUAUUAUAAAAGGACACCUCAACAAAACGCUUCUCUAGGUAUAGAGGUUGAAGAAGAACAAGCAGAUGAGAGUCCUGGCAAUGAUCUAGACACCCUGAGGAAUGAGGUAUUAGUGUUCAACACUAACUGCCCAGAAUGCAACGCUCCAGCUAAUACAAACAUGAAGCUUGUCCAAAUUCCACACUUUAAAGAGGUCAUUAUAAUGGCCACUAAUUGCGAUAGCUGUGGACAUCGCACCAAUGAGGUAAAAUCAGGAGGAGCCACAGAAGAGCUGGGAACCAGAAUAACACUACACUUAACAGAUCCUUCAGAUAUGUCCAGAGACCUGCUGAAGUCAGAGACAUGCAGUGUGUUGAUUCCCGAGCUGGAGUUUGAGUUGGGAAUGGCGGCUCUCGGAGGGAAGUUCACGACGGUAGAGGGGCUGUUGAAGGACAUUAAAGAACUGAUUGUUUCGAAAAACCCCUUUAUGUGUGGAGACAGCUCUGCAUCUGACAGAGUGGAGAAGCUGCAGCUGUUUGGACAAAAAAUCGACAAGAUAAUGGCGGGAGAAAUGGAUGUGCAUAUUGUCCUGGAUGAUCCAGCAGGAAAUAGCUAUCUUCAGAAUGUUUAUGCUCCAGAUCCAGACCCAGAAAUGAAGAUUGAGAAAUACACCAGGACUUUUGAGCAGAACGAAGACUUGGGCCUCAAUGACAUGAAAACAGAAGGGUACGCAGAGAAAUAGGCUUGAAGUCAGAAAAAAUGGAGAUUAUAUGUUGCUAAUGGCCAAAUUCUGUCAAAUUCACCAUUAUGUACCAUUAUUUAAUUCAGUUUUACAUGUAAUUGUAAUAUCCCAUGUAAUUAACACUUCUGCUGUCGUUAAAGUCAGCUUUAUUAUUUAAGAAAAGAAAUACAGCUGUUUUGGCUUGAAUGAAAGUGCAAGGUUGUGUAUUUUCCUUGCUGCCUAUAAAGUAAUUUUUAAGUUAUAAGUUUUGGUCGUUGUGUUAAUAAAUAAUGUAACAACAAAAA